CGCCGGAUGGCGAUGAUAUGUAUACCAACAGCUUCAGUAGCGUUUCAUUCUUGGUAGUUUAAUAGUAAAUUAUAUGACUAAUUUGUAAAUUGCACGCGUAUUGGCCCAAUUAUAGCUGUAAAAUAAUUGUAUGUGAUCACAGCAUCAUAUUUUUGGAGUUCAGACAGCUCGUGGACAAUAAACGUUAGCAGUUACAGUAGCUACAAGACAUUUACCGGCUAACGGUUAGUGACAGAAAUUUAUUAGAAUUGGUUCUUCCGCUGCGACGUUAUGAGUUAUGGGUAUGGCGGCUGCGGUGGACGAAGAGGCAGAAGAGGAGGUCGAGGUAAUAGAGACGGCAGCAGAGAAAGAUGGGACCGAGGAGGAGGAGGAGGAAGAGGGAGCAUGAGAGGGCACAGCUCCGACUAUGACCACGACGGAGGAGCAGAUGGUGGACAACGGGACCGUCCUCCACCACACCUGAGAGGCCGUGAGAUCGGUCUGUGGUACGCCAGAUACGGAGCUGUGAGGAGGAAACAGGCUGACCGCAGAUCGCGGGCAGUCGUCCAAAUGGAUGAGGCCAGAGAGCAGCACAUUACCAGGCUGCUUAAUUCUGUCCAGAAUGAUCAACCUCGUCCAGAGAGAGACAGCAGGGAUGUCAGAGCCACUUCAUCUGAUAACUGGCAUGGAGCUAGUACUAGCACUGGUCAUUGUUACUUUGAUGGAGAUUUGCCUGAAGAUAAACCUAAGAAUGAGAGCAAAUCUGUCAAGGAGGAAGAGGAGGACGAAGAUUGUAGUAUGGCAGAAAACAAAGGAGUUCACAAAUCUCAGAGUUACUCUCAGGCUAAAGAUGAGCCUCCAGACAUGUGGGAUGAAGAUGAACAGGAGGAGGACAAAGAGAAACUGAGAAUUCCAGAUAAAGAUGCAGAGUUCUUACUUCAGGAAAUAGUCAGAGACAGGUCUCUGGAUGAUUAUUUAAAGAGUGAUCUUGAGAGCAAAAAAUCUGAUAUGAAGUACAAGGAAAUGCUGAAAUUCAGAGAAAAACUCCCAUCGUAUGGGAAAAGAGAGGAACUGGUGGAACUGAUCAACUCUAACCGGGUCUUGGUUGUGAGUGGAGAGACAGGGUGUGGAAAGACCACCCAGGUCACUCAGUUCAUCCUGGACGACUAUAUUAACCGAGGCGUGGGGUCAACAUGCCGUAUUGUCUGCACACAGCCUCGUCGCAUCAGUGCUAUUUCUGUAGCAGAACGUGUUGCAGCAGAAAGAGCAGAAAGUGUAGGGAAUGGGAAUUCCUGUGGUUAUCAAAUCCGCCUUCAAAGUCGGUUACCACGGAGACAAGGAUCGGUCCUGUACUGUACAACAGGCAUUAUUCUUCAGUGGCUUCGCUCAGACCCAUUGUUGUCAAGUAUCAGCCACCUGGUGCUGGAUGAGAUUCAUGAGAGGAACCUACAGUCUGAUGUUUUACUCAUCAUUGUGAAGGACCUACUCCAUAUGCGUGAUGACCUUAAGGUCAUCCUCAUGAGUGCCACACUAAAUGCUGAGAAGUUCUCUCAAUAUUUUGACAACUGUCCUAUGAUACACAUUCCUGGUUUGACCUUCCCAGUGAAGGAAUUUUUCCUUGAAGAUGUUGUGGAAAUGACAAGGUAUCAGCCCCAGAAUAGGGACCGCCGCUCCUCCUGGAAACGAGGCUUUUGGCAAGGACACAACUCCAGACCUGAGAAAGAGGUGAAAGAGGCGGAGUACAGAGAGAUGUGGCCUUGUUUUGCACGAACAUUAGAGGGCAGAUACUCUCACACAACCAUUGAGGCACUGGAGAAGUUGGACAACGAUGACAAAAUCGACUUGGAACUUAUCAUGGCACUGAUACACCACAUUGUGCGCGAAGAUGAAGAAGGAGCAAUCCUGGUUUUCCUGCCUGGCUGGGACAAUAUCAGCAGUCUGAAUGACCUGCUCAUGGCUCAACCUAUGUUUCGAUCAGAUCGGUUCGUUAUCUUCCCUUUGCACUCCCUCAUGCCGACUGUUAAUCAGACUCAGGUGUUCAAAAAGCCUCCUCCUGGAGUUCGAAAGAUCAUAAUAGCUACCAAUAUAGCUGAGACUAGCAUCACCAUAGAUGAUGUCGUGUAUGUGAUAGAUGGAGGGAAAAUUAAGGAAACCAACUUUGACACCCAUAACAACAUCAGCACCAUGGCAGCAGAGUGGGUUAGUCUGGCCAACGCCAAACAAAGAAAAGGACGUGCGGGCAGGGUGCGUCCAGGGAAGUGCUAUCAUCUUUAUAACAAUCUCAGGGCCAGUCUGCUGGAUGACUAUCAAUUACCCGAAAUCAUGAGGACGCCGCUGGAGGAGCUAUGCUUGCAGAUCAAGAUUUUGAAGCUUGGAUCAAUCGCUAGAUUUCUGGAAAAAGCUCUGGACCCUCCAACUGAAAAGGCUGUCAAUCUAUCCAUCAAGAACCUCACUGACCUGAAUGCCUUGGAUCAUGCAGAGAACCUGACAGCGCUUGGCAUCCAUCUGGCUCGUCUACCCGUGGAGCCCCACAUUGGCAAACUCAUACUGUUCGGAGCUCUGCUGGGCUGCCUUGACCCUGUCCUCACCAUCGCAGCUUCACUCAGCUUCAAAGACCCUUUCUUCAUACCCCUGGGUAAAGAAAAGAUGGCAGAUAUGAAAAGAAAAGUGCUGUCCAGAAACUCCAAGAGUGACCACCUCACUAUUGUCAAUGCCUUUCAGGGUUGGGAGGAUGCGAAACAGCGUGGUGCGAGAUAUGAGAGGGAGUACUGCUGGGACAACUUCCUGUCUGCCAAUACUCUCCAGAUGCUGCACAACAUGAAGGGUCAGUUUGCUGAGCAUCUAAUGCAUGCAGGCUUUGUCAGCAGCAAGGACCCCAAAGACCCCAAAUCUAAUGUCAACUCAGACAAUGACAAGUUAAUCAAGGCGGUGAUUGUCGCUGGUCUGUACCCAAAGGUGGCCAUGAUCAGACCAUGUCACAGCAAGAAAAGGCCGGUCAAGGUGUACACACAGGCUGAUGGAAAGGUGUGUAUCCACCCGAAAUCAGUGAAUUCUGAAGAGACUGAGUUCAAUUAUACGUGGCUCAUCUAUCACCUGAAGAUGAGAACAACUAGCAUCUUCCUCUACGAUUGCACCGAGGUAUCCCCGUUCUCCCUGCUGUUCUUCGGAGGAGACAUCACUAUACAGAGAGAUGAGGACCAGGAGACCAUCGCAGUUGACCAGUGGAUCGUUUUCAGAUCCCCUGCACGCAUUGCACAUCUUGUCAAGAGUCUGAAAAAAGAGCUGGACUCUCUGUUGGAGGAGAAAAUCCGUAACCCUGCACCUGUUGACUGGCAAAACCGUCAGUCCAAAGACUGUGCCGUCAUCACAGCCAUCAUAGACCUCAUCACCACCCAGGAGAAGUCUACAGGUACGAGCGCUACAGGCUAUGACAGAGCAUGGGCACCCGCUCCGAGAGGACAACACAUAUACUUCAACAACAAUGAUGAUGACGAUGAUGACUAAUGGCCAUGUUGAAGAGAAUUCCUUUGUUCUGCUGGCUGAGAAGAAAAUAGCUUAAGAAAUGACUGAUUGUAUCCAUGGAAGAUGGCACAGAGGUUAGUUGAGAUAUUUAUGGCAAAAGGAUGACUGCUUGGAUGGUGAGACUUAGUUGAAAUUUUAGAGGUGCUUCUGAAGAGGCCAAACGCAAGAUCCCCAAAAUACUGGACAACAUGAGCAUUUGAAUGACACUCAUGAUUGUGUUUCUUUGUUUUUGGUCAUUUUAUGCAAAGACCCAUCCGUGUUCUUAUGCAGUCAUCAUUUGUUUUGUUCAUUUGUUAGUUUUUACAUUUCUGCACAAUAAAGUUCCAAAAACACCUCA